AUGGUGCUGAAGAAUCAGGACAUCUACUUGGGCAUUUUAAGUGAAGUCGAUAAGAUUGGCAGAAAGCUUGGAUUGGACUAUUAUUUGCGCGAUAUCACGAAACCAAUGACAAUUUCGCUUUAUUUCAACAUUUUUCAAGACAUUGUCGGGAUUCUCUUCACCAUGAUUUCCAUGUAUACUUCGCGCGAUAAUCCAUUGGAAAUGAUUUUCGCCUUCUCGACCAUCGGAGUGAUUUUCACAAUAUCCAAUAAAACUCUACUGGCUAUCACGAUGAAUUACUGCGUGCAUCAAAUAAUUGCGGAGACAAAGAAUCAAUUUGCGAGACUGAAUGUCGAUGCGGAGAAGGCGGAGUGGCAGAAAAAUGGGCUGGAAUACUUUCAGAAAGUGUACAAAUAUCUCUUUUGGUGCUAUCUCGGAUCUCCGGUGUUCAUGUUCAUCUGCACCAUUUCGGCGUCAAUUUACAACAAUGAAAAGUAUCUGGUGCUUGGAUAUGCCAUACCUUUUGUCGAUCCACAGCGAUCGCCAGGAUAUGAAAUUAACUUCCUAUUCCAGGCGUCUCAAUGCUAUGUUGCAGUCACAACAGUGAUCAUGUUCGACGUCUUCUACUUGGGACACAUGCUGAUUGAGUGCCAUCACUUUAUGGCCAUGAUUGAGUAUUUUCACGAUCUCGAUCGUCUUGCAAAUGAAUCUGGUGAAGUGAGAGACUUAGAAGCUGCUGACAGGAUUCUGAUAUCUGUAAUCAAUGAGUUUCAAAGUCACAUCAGAAUCAUGAGACUUCUCGACAUCUUCACAAGUUUUCACAACUUGUGCGCCAUUGCAGCUCUCAUGAUAGCACUAAUCCUGACACUCUUUGUCCUCAUAAAGAUCCUGUGGAUACCCGGAAUAGUUCUGUGCGUCACGAUGAUAUUCAAUUUACUCUUUCACACUGCUAUUGGAACAGUUUACAUCACCUUUGCUGAGAGAUUCGAGAAGGCAGUUUAUAAUUGUCAAUGGUACAAUUUUCCUGCCCGGAUUCAAAGGAUGUUCAUUAUCCUGUUGGCAUUGGCGCAAAGACCUAUUCAACCAUCUGCUGGUGGCUUUGCUGCCAUGGAUCUCAGGACAUUUCUGCAGUGCAUGAAGACAACUUACACAGUGCUUAUGAUGCUGCUCAAUCGAAGCUAAAUUGCCCUUAAAGCAUUGGUGCAUUGCAAUUGCUACUUAGGAGCCCCUGAUGGAGUGCUUUUGAAUUUAAAUAACCGCGUAGAACAGUUUUUUGCAUUGAUGGAUUGCAACUUGGCUAAAUUCGCUUCACUUCAGCUACACUGAGAGAAA